CCCGCGCCGGCUUCCAGGAGCCGGUGUCUUUCUGAGGCAUUCGGCUACUUUUCCGCUUUGUUUCCUCUCUUUACUCAACUGUUUACAAAACACUGCGGAGAACAGCUGCGGUCUCGGGUUUCUUUUUUAUAUUUGUGACCAUCUUAUUAUUACUGUAACUUAACACGACAAGUAAGGACCACAUUUUGAACUAUUUUUUUCUUCGCCUCCGGAUCACGGUCUGCUUUUUUCUUCUUUUUUUCCGGAUGAAAGGAUCCCUGCCGCAUGUUUCACCCCCACCCUCUGCAACGUGGAUUUUAAUCUGAGCUAACGGAAUAAAAAUCACGCAUAUCGACCGAAAGACGAAGGCGACGCAUUGCUGUGGGAUAUCUUUAAAGGAAUGCUGCUGUCUAAGCUCAAUUCUCUGGCCCACAUCCCCACCGUGGACAUGCCGGCGAAGAUCCAAGUGAAGGACAGGGAGCCCUUCGAGAAGAUCUAUCAUGUGGACGGAGUCCUGGGCAGCGGCGGCUUCGGCACCGUCUACUCCGGCACAAGGAUAGCCGACGGCGUCCCGGUCGCUGUCAAGCAUGUAGCCAAGGAGAGAGUGUCUAAGUGGGGAGAGCUGCCCAAUGGCACCAGGGUCCCGAUGGAGAUCAAACUCUUGAAGCAAGUCGGGACCGGUUUCCGCGGCGUCAUCAAGAUGCUGGACUGGUUCGAGCGGCCGGACAGCUUUAUCAUUGUGAUGGAGCGACCCGAGCACGUCAAAGACCUCUUCGACUUCAUCACCGAAAAAGGUGCCUUACCAGAGGAGCUGGCCAGGAGCUUUUUCCGCCAGGUGUUGGAGGCCGUGCAGCACUGCCACAAGUGCGGUGUGGUACACCGGGAUAUCAAAGACGAAAACAUCCUCAUCGACCUCCGCACCGGCGAGAUAAAGCUCAUAGACUUUGGAUCAGGAGCGCUUAUGAAGGACAAGGACUACACUGACUUUGAUGGCACGAGAGUCUACAGCCCACCAGAAUGGAUCAAAUAUCACUGCUAUCACGGGCGUCCGGCCACGGUUUGGUCUCUGGGUGUCUUGCUGUAUGACAUGGUGUGCGGGGACAUCCCGUUUGAGCAUGACGAGGAGAUUCUUAGAGGACAGGUGCUUUUCCGGCGGAGGAUCUCCACAGAAUGCCAGCAGCUGAUCAAAUGGUGCCUGUCCCUGUUUCCGGUGGACCGCCCAAACAUUGAGGACAUUAUCAACCACUCGUGGAUGCAGAGUACAACCUCCUCUGCUAUCCCCUCCUCUGCCUUUAAGCCCAUCACUGUAGCUGUGGAGCGGUGACGAAAGCAAAUGUUCCCUCCGGGCAGGGCCGCACUGACGCAAAGACUGAUACAGAGGACUUGCUUAUGUAACACACUUGAAGCAAGGGCGGGGGCAGUGUCCGGGCCACUGGUCCAAACACACAGUGUAACAACUCAACACAGAAAUGACCAAGGUCAUGGCAAAACCUCCUGUCCUUCUUUUUGUUUUUAUUUUUUUUCCCACCUGGCAGGCCAGACAGACAGACACUCACACCCCCAACUACUUGAUACAUCUUUCCUCUUAGUCGAGCCGCACCACGGCGUCUGACUGCGCUCUCAUCACAAAGCCUUGCGAUGAGCAGUCGGCGUGCUCCCUGUUCUCUGGAAUGGCGAGCGGACAGUGUGCAUUAUGUAACCUCUGGAUACUCUGCAGUCCGCUUGCUUUCAGUGCAGAGCAGGAAGAGCAAAGUGGUUGGCGAGGAGGAGUGUGAAUAUUUUUUAUUUUUUAAGUGCCUUCUGAGUGAUUGUUGGGGGGGGAUCCUGAAAAUACUUGAAUUUGUGAGAGCCAAAAGCCUGCUGUUACUGAUGGCCUUUUUUGUUCCUUAUCCUGUACGAGGCUUUAUAUCGCUUUAUAAAUUUCUUUCUCAUGGGCCUAGAUCAGUAAAGCCUGUGACAUUACAACCACUACUUCUGCUACUCCAAUGUCAUUAGCAACCAGACAACCUCAUGGCUCCAGCAGCAACCUGUGCAAACAGAUCAUAAAGAAAGAAUAAAAAUAAACAAACAAAAAAAACUACUGGACUUACCUCACCCUCAUACUACACCACACACCCGUACUCUACAACCUCCGCUUCCUCAUGCUGUACUGUACACAAACACAAGGCUCAUUCACACCCACCUGAAUGCACACCGCAAUGCAAACUUAACAUACCGAAAUACGACAUCCUCUGCUCUUCGGUUCAAAACUGGGUUUUUUUUUUCUGCUUUUCUUUCUUUUCAACAGUGCCUCCCACGGGUUUUAAAUUCAGUGGGGACAACAAUUGUAAAUAAUAUUUAUUACAGCUGUAAUACAUUUAUUACAGCUCACACUCAGUGAGCUCAUUUGAUGAAUUUAUUUAUUUAUUUAUGAGAGAAUUUUGGCCAUAUGCAUGUUUCAUUCCAGUCACUGAAGGGCCCAUGCAUUAUUUAAAAAGAAAUGCAAAGUUUUGUUUUGUUUCACCGUAUUUAUGGCUUGAACUUUGAAAGAGCAGAUGUGUAUAUGAUGUAAAUAAUGUGUACAUAUUCCUGAGAGCACUUCCACCUUAACAACUGUAAAUACUGAGCGUCUACUGAUGGUAACUGGUUUUGUUACUCUCGUCUGCUGUGAGCAUGAAUGAAUUCUGUGUGUGUGUGUAUGAGAGAGAAAUGUGCAAAUGACAAACCUGCAUGAUUGCAGCUUGAAUUUUUUUUUUCACCCAUUCAAAUUAGAAUUGUAAAUUAUGUUAGAAACUAUUUUUAUACGAUUUCAAUAAAUAUUUUUUAACUAUG